AAUGAUAUAUUCAGAAAGUGCUGUUUUUAUUACGCAAACUGUAUUUUCUUAGUUGUGCCGUGUGCAUCCACAAAUAUAGACUACCUGUGUACAGAAUCUUUCCAGUCUAGUCCGCGGCAUUUCCGACGAAUAGGAACUACUUCACAGAGUACCUCCGAGACACACACGCACUCAGAUCACAAUGCCUUUUGUUCCCGUGGAAACCCCCAAGUGCCCCGCGUGCGGAAAGUCGGUCUAUGCCGCCGAGGAGCGCGUUGCCGGAGGCUAUAAAUUCCACAAGACCUGCUUCAAGUGCAGCAUGUGCAACAAGGCCCUGGACUCGACCAACUGCACGGAGCACGAGAAGGAGCUUUUCUGCAAAAACUGCCAUGGUCGCAAAUACGGUCCCAAGGGAUACGGUUUCGGUGGUGGUGCCGGUUGCCUGUCCACGGACACUGGCGCCCACUUAAACAGAGAAUUUGUUGCGCCGAAGAUUCCCCCAAAAGCACCCGACGGGUUGGGCUGUCCAAGGUGCGGCAUAUAUGUCUAUGCUGCCGAACAAAUGCUGGCAAGAGGAAAGGGCUACCAUCGAAGGUGCUUCAAGUGCGUUCAGUGCAACAAGACUCUAGACUCGACUCUUCACUGUGAUGGUCCAGACAAGGACAUUUACUGUAGAGGAUGCUAUGCUCAGAAGUUUGGUGCCAGGGGUUAUGGGCACAUUGGCAUUUCGUCCUUGGGUCUGAUGUCCGAUAUCAGAGAUUGCGAGUGGCAAAGCGAUAUGGCACCCAAAGCCUCGGCCAUAAAUGUGGAGCAAAUUCAGGCGCCCAUCGGUGAAGGAUGUCCGCGAUGUGGUGGCGUUGUUUUUGCCGCCGAACAGGUCCUUUCGAAGGGAAGACCCUGGCACAGGAAGUGCUAUAAGUGUCGCGACUGCACCAAAACACUGGACUCCAUCAUCGCGUGCGAUGGCCCGGACAACGAGGUGUACUGCAAAACUUGCUACGGCAAAAAGUGGGGACCCCAUGGUUACGGAUUCGCCUGUGGAUCCAGCUUCCUGCAAACCGAUGGCAUUACUGAGGAGAACUUAGAAUCCAUGCGACCAUUUGUGGCCCCGGAUACAACUUCGAUCAUGGCUCCGGACGGAGAGGGAUGUCCGCGUUGUGGCGGUGCAGUUUUUGCCGCCGAACUGCAGUUGUCCAAGGGGAAAAUGUGGCAUCGGAAGUGCUUCAACUGCGCCAGGUGCCAUCGCCCACUGGACUCCGUGCUGGCCUGCGAUGGUCCGGAUGACAACAUCUACUGCAAACUCUGCUACGCCAAGAUGUACGGUCCCAAAGGAUUCGGAUACGGACACACUCCCACUCUGGUGUCCACCAACUACGAAUACACGCCCAGUUGUUGGGGAACUAUUGAUCGCAACGGACAAAAGUCGGAGAACGGAUGUCCGCGGUGCGGAUUCAUGGUCUUUGCGGCGGAGCAAAUGAAGAGCAAGAACAACGUGUGGCACAAGCUGUGCUUCUACUGCUCGGAGUGCCGGAAGUAUCUGGACUCGACCAACUUGAACGACGGACCCGAUGGCAAUAUAUACUGCCGAUCGUGCUACGGCAAGUUCUACGGACCAAAGGGUGUUGGCUAUGGCAUCGGAGCUGGCACAUUGACAAUGGCUUAAAAAUUUCGACCAAAAAAGCGCCUUCAAGCACUCACCUCAAUAUGCAAUGAGCUCCAAAAUUCAUAUAUGGGGGGUUACUAGUGCUUGAACGCCCAUAUUUUUGAGGCUGAAACGAGUAUGUAUUGUAGUAUUGUAAUUCCACAAAAGAACAAAAGAACAAAAAUUGUAUUUAGCUCCAAACACAACGACAUUUAAUUGAGAAAGUAUAAAAGGCGAAUGAGUUAGUGGUUAGUGGAUUAGUGGAUUAGUUUAAGAGUUGUAUAGGUCUCGAAAAUAAGUAUCGAAAAAAGGCAUUCUGAGCUUCGAGUGAAACUUCAUGGUGUUGUAACUAGCGAAAACGAAAUCAUCUCCCAACUUUGUUUCUAUGUAUGGCAGUCGUAACAACAAACCGAUAUAUCCUAUGUAAAUACAUGUUUCGAACGACCAAUAAACGAUCAAAUGGUAAACUCUG